AUGUCCGUGCAAUUCCUCGAGUCAAGCCGGGGGAAACCAUUGUUGCUACACGAUGGGUCUCAAUUCAGGCAAGAUCGUCAGAAGUGGCGGUGUUUGAAGACGGGAUGCCGGAGUCGAGCAGAGAUACGGGAUGGGGUAGUCACGUUGUGUUCUGACCACGACCAUGCACCUGACAUCGUUGCCAACGCUGUUCGCAAGAAUUUGAACGAGCUCCAUGAGGCGGCUAGGGGUGCUUCGGACGACAGCAGGACAUCAAAUAUCGUUGACAAAGUGGUUGGGCUUCUGACCUCAGAGGCUGUGAUAGGACAAUUGCCGAAUUUGCGGCUGCUUCGAAAACAAGUGUCUUACACGCGGAAGAAGGUCAAUCCGAAUCCUACAACGGUAGCUCGCACGCUGAAGGAUAUAGUAAUCACGCAUGCAGAGAAGUUCACUCUGAAAGGGGAACUCUUCUUGCUCCACGACUCCGGACCAGAUGACCCAUGUCGGAUUAUUGUCUUCGCCACGCCGGCUAAUUUGAUGCUGCUCCGGGAGUGCCCGGAAUAGUUUGUAGACGGCACGUUCAAAGUUUCACCUCUUAUGUUCACUCAGCUCUACACGAUACAUGUCAGAUUGUCAGAUGGGAAUGUUGUACCAG